UGUGAUGUGGAAAUCACGAAUCGGCCACCAUAGCGAGCCGCUUGACUUCUGCUUGGUAUUUUGAUUUGUGUUGGCUAAAUUUCCAUAUUUUGCUUUCUUAGUAUUAAAAUAUUUGUUGAAGUACUAUCUACCAUGGCAGUUUCAGACAUUAAAGAGUUUUCUAAGCCCAUUAGAAAAGGAAUUGUCGAUAGGGGAUGGUUAGCUGAUGCAGUCAGUGCAUGAAAACGAUUUAUUGCUUGAUUUUGCAUGAGAUUUUUAACGACUGUACGCGUUCAGAAGAAGGAUAUAUUUAAAUUAGAUAAAAAAAUCCACAUUCUCGAAAUUAAGAGUUCAGGAAAAUGGAUAACAGCGUAAUCUUUUUGGAGAGUUCUUAUCGAUAAAAAGGUUUAGCCUCUAAUUAAGAGACUAAUGAUUAUGCUACCUUAGCACAGUUAGAAUCCUUUACUUUUUGUUGCCUUUUUCUUAAUUCUAUUUUCUCUUCUUUUUGAUUGAUAUUUGAUUAAUUUUUGUCUACCCUUUUUACAAGAAAUUGUGUUCAAACCUUUAUUUCUUUUUGGUUAAUUUCUGUGAAGUAAAAAUGCUUUGAAUAGCAGGAAAUAAAAUAACAAUUUCAACAUCAAAAAUCAAGAAAAUGAUUGUCAGCCUCUUUUGAAAAAAACGUUUAUGAAAACCUUGCCUGAUACUGCACUUCUCAAUGCUACCGUCCACAUUGAAACACUUGGUGAAGUCCAGAUUCCUGUAUCUCUACAGGAUAUUGACAAACUAAAAACAGUUUCCGGGGAGUUAUCUUAUGGAAGAGGAUGCAGCAUUCCUCUCGAAAACUCUUUAAGAUUAGCAAAGGAGAUAACAAUGCCGAAAGUGCUCUUUUCAACACAUGAGAGUUAUGACAUUUGGUCAAUUGUUGGAUGCCAUCUACGGCUACCUGUUGGUGUUAUAGAUGUAGAAAUCAAGCUGACUAAAUUAUUGUUAUAUGAAGCUGGCGGCCAUUACAAAGAAAUAGUCUGUGAUCCCAAACAUUGUGGAACUUUUGGUACGGUGUUUCUUCAAUUACCUGUUGAAGGUGGUCAUGAAGGCGGAGGAAAUGAACAAAUCAUCUUUUAGACACGCAAUGAAACCGGAAGCGCUGGAGCGCCCCGGAAAAAGCCAAUAAAAAAAGCAACAGCAGAAGAGAGAGAGAUCUAAAGAACAAUGAUGAAUUAACACGCAAGUUAUAAGAAAGAUCAAUUCAAACGUUUAAAUCUUGA